GGUCGUUUGAACGAAACGGCGGGUGACUUCGAGCGGAUCUGACUUUUUAUUUACCUUGUCAUUGUUAUCUUAAGUUCCUUUGAUUCGUCCACAAAGUAUAGUCUUUUCAUAAUGACGUAGAUGCAGUCACCAUUUGUCUCAACUUAGAUACUGGGUUUCGAAACUAAAACAUACCAAUUCAGAUUUCAUGAAAUUGUUCUUUUUUCUUGAACUACAUUGUAAAUACCUUAAGUUUCUUGGCACCACUUAUACUAUUACUACUCCUACUAUGCAUACAUUUCUCUGCGGUAAAGUGGUGUUGCGACUUCAAACAGUACACAAAUGUGCCAGGUUCAACAAUGCGUACGCAUUGUUGGCUUUCUUGUGAACAUUUGCCAAAACCUAUGGUACGCAGAAAGGUUAGUCCACUCAGUUGAAGCAAAGAUCAUAAUAGAUCCAAGUUUAGUUAGUUGAAGCACGCAUUUGAGCAAAAUCAUAAGGUUCUCGGUGUGUCCGUUCACCUUAGGAUUUUGAGGAGUAUAAUUAUGCGUAGUCCUUCAUUCUGGUCCGGUUAACUGUUGGUAAAUGAGCUUACAGGUAGCGCAUUUACUCCGAUGAGAUAACCCAAACACUACUAAAGUCAUUUGACUUGUUCGACUUAGGGAACGAUAAAAUGGAUUUUGGAUUAUAGACAAAAUUACAAGUAACGUGAUUUCAACGUUAAUCAAUCAAGUGGUCGUAUCUAGGUGACUACCUCAUCACUUUAAUUACUACAAGAAUUGGUUAAAGUAUGCUUCACCCGGCAACAAUUAACCAUACAAGGGAUAAUCUUGUUGUCUAUUAUUUGGAUUUCAGUAACUGGUCCUAGUGGGAGCAGUCCAACUACUGCAUUAGUAUCAUAACCGCUUACUCGUUUUGAUCUUUUAAAUACUAUGUCCACACCAGAUUCACAACUUUUUUUGUCAGCAUGAAAAUUUUUUGUUCGUUUUUUCAUGUAGUCGAGUUAUUUUAAAUUUUGAUGUCAUACGUAUGACACCAUAAUCUCACGUGGAUGUAUAUCCAGUCAGCCCAGAAUUUUUUAAAUAACAUCACUCAACCCUUCCCUCAACAGUUUUUCCAAUAGUCUCAGGCUUCAUAAAUAUAAUUCUUCUUAGGAACCGAUUUGUCGUACCUUAAUCUCCGUCAUCUGAAUACUAACUAAAUACCUAGGUACAACAAGUCAAGAGUUCUCAUCUAUUUCCGCUAGAAUCCAUGCUACCUUAUGAUCUCAAAAUGUCGUAGACUUUGGAGCUUACUAACAGCAGUAAAUGUUUAUGCACUGUCUUGACGUUUGUUUCUGGUGACCUGAGGAACUCAGUAUUUUUACCAUCUGUUUAUUAUUGGGCAAGCGACUGUGAAUCACUCGAAGUAUCUAUCCAGUUUAAACAAUUUAGGAACAAAACUGUAUCAUAAUAAGGACAAACUAUGUCCGUACAUUUUGGAAUUCGGUACAAUUUAACUUAGGGUCUCAUGUCGGUGAGUUAUGUGCAACGUAGUGUUUGACACAUGUUCAUCGGUCCAAUUUGCCAUACCGCAUUAGCACAGAUAAAACUAUCAAUACAAAUCAUUUCGUUUAAACACAAAGGCGUUGGUACGAAUGGCCAUCAAUACAAACCUCAUAGUAGAAGUAGUCGUACCAGUAUUAGUAAAAGGAUUUGAUAUAGAAGAAAAAAGUUGUAAGGAGAUUUGAGACUCAAGUUCCAAGGGAAGACAGAGUAAAUUGACCUGCACCAUUGCGAACGAUUCUAAAUUGUGCCCAACCAUUGCUAGGAUAAUCACGCGGACCUCACUCAGUUAGCGUGCACCUACUAAGAGGGUUCAAUCCAAUUACCAAUGGCUUGAUGGAUUGGUGGCACAUCUUGGUUUGGCCGCCUCUAUCUGCCUCCCAGUCUACUCCUUCCUACGCCAGACAGCGUCACUCGUCGAGGUAAAUGGUAGUUGAGUAUACGUAACAUGUCUUAGCCACCUUAAUUGAUGCAAAUUCACUAUCUUAUUGAAUCGUUUACCAUUUUUAUCUGGUAGUGUAUACCUAACCUCAACGUUGCUCAAUCGGUUGUCCAAAAAUAUGCGAGGAAUGUUUCGAAAAAAACCUGUAAUCGAAUACAAAGCAAAAUGCUGUACAGUAAAUGUGUUCUUUGGUUGGGAAACAGACUUCUUGGCUAUACCGCAAGUGACAAGUUUAUCUACAAACCAGUCGAGGUUUUGGAACCUGUGUUCAGGUUUCGUUAGACACCAAACCUUCAAGAUUGAUGAGACUGCCAAGACAAGUGAAGCGAUGGACACACUCAACUAAUUCGCUUCCUAUCCUUAUUUUAGGUGUUGACACAGGUCAGUCCUGUAGCAAUAUUUUGUAUUUACAGUGAGAGAGUCCCAUUUCAAAUAUACUUACAUUAUUGCUCAAGGCAAUCAAAGAACCUAAUAAAUUUUCAUAUACCACUUUCGUAUCGGUUUAAAUGAAAAAACAAGUUUGGUAUGUAUGCAUGAUGUUCGGACGCACUUCAGCUAUUAUGACUUGAAAAGUUGGAUAUUGUAAAGUAGUGGUUGACAUUCAAUAGAAAGUGAUAAUUUGUAAGAUGCUCAGAAAAUGUUUUGGCAAUGAAAAUAAUGUGUUCAUAAAUACAACUAGUAUUUAGUCCAAAAAUAUCACAACAAACAUUGGUAUAACAGGUAAAUUCAAAUUAGUCUUCAAGUUGUCCAACGAAUAUGGAUUUUCAAAGUAUUGUCGGCGUGUGGCAAAAAUUUCCGACAAGAAAUGUCGGAGUUAGGUUUAUAGUUCUCAUCAUGGGGUGUAAGACAAUCUAUUUGUUUGGAGACGUAAUCUAUUACAGCAUGCGUGGUACAUACUAAGUCACCACAUGAUGCUACUGGUGAGGACCGAUUUCAUAAAAAGACUCAAGACAUCCAAAAAGAAAUAUUUGAAGAAGUCUAAGGCUUUAUUCACAGUUCUGUUGGGACUUUUCAAGCUAGGUAUCCCAAAAUAAAACCAGUAGCUAUACACCAUAGGUGACAUGACCCAUACACAACGAUUACUAUCCAUUAAAUUUCGCCUUUCAAAAAUUAUAGUUUGGUUUCAAUGUAAUUCACAAACUAUGGGUUUAUGUACUCGAUUUCGAGCCACACUUCGUAUAAAAGCUAAUGACACUAACCCGCUUGCCAAAGCAGUGAGUUUUCAACCUAGAGUUUACUAGUUAUAAUUCUAUGGGUUUAAUCACAAAACCACCACUUACCAUUGGGGAAUACUAGACGGGAAUUUCGUUUCAGCGUGAGACCCUUCAGAAUUGUUCCAAAGAGACCGGACAUUUCUUCAUUUCAGUGAGCACAUACUACUUUUUAUUUGUUCAUCAUAACUUCCCUCCAUUUUUGUUGAUUGAAACAGGUGGAUGGAACUGUUAUAAAAAACAGAAAAACGACAGUCCAGUUAUCUUUUAUUGCAUAUCAUUAUUCAGUCCAAUUUUCCCUUUAGAAUACUGAAGGGAGAAAAUUCCUUGACAUGCAGGAAGAAUCUAGUGAAGAUGUUGAUACGCAAAACGUCAAUGUGCGUAAACCCUAUAAAAAACGCCGAAAAGCAAAGAAGUCUCGAGAUGUACUUAACAGUUUACAGGAUGAUGCUUCGAAGACUUCAAUCAAUUCUCAAAUUUAUUCGACUAAGAGAAUAGAAUUUGAUGACGUUGGAGAGAUAAAAAGUUUAUACGCUGCAGAUAACUGGGAUCUUUCUGAUUGUACUCGCAGGUCGAAAAAGCGUUCAGGAUACGUCACUUUUACAAACAUAUGUGCCGAACAGAGGUUUACACCGAAAUCUGGAGUCUCAAACCUUGAGAAUACUGAUAUUAUAUCCCACACUUCAGAAGAUGAGUUAGAAUCCGUACGUGAAAUACCGAUCAAACAUGAAAAGAAUCAGCAUUUAGAAGUGACAAUCUACAGUUUUCCUAAUAACUAUGAGACUGUUGUGAAGUAUUGGUAUGAUACGUUUCAGAAACUUCAUUUACUCACCAGAAUAACUAAAAACCAAGAAGGUGCCAAUAAAUAUUGUUCAGUAAUUGAACAAAUACCUUUAUCCACCGCAACUGAAAGAGCGUCAAAUAACACAUCAUUACAUGAAGAACAAAUGGAAAACUGUCAAUAACAAUAUGGUUUUUUCCGAGACCGGUCUUCCGAAUAGGCCUCUAAAAUAUUGGAAGCGAAUACACUCAUUUGCAGAAAUCUGGAGACAAAUAGAUUUAAAUGUAAUACUUCAUGCUCUGUCGUUUUGAUGUUUUAUUACUUUUUUCAAUGUGUUCUUGUUAAUUGUUAGUUACUUCACCGUUUCUCUUUGGUGUAGAAUCAUUAAGCUGAAUAUUGGGUUGUACUGUUAGUGGCAACAAGUUUGCGAUCUAUCUUCGGUUUUUUCUAAAUGCCCUUUGGUUAGUGGCUGUUGAGUAUGUCCAAAUCACCGUGGUUUUACCAGUAUUUAUGCCUAUAGUCAGUAUCUGAGAACAGACUUCGUGCUAUCCCACGUAAUGUUUUGUAUUAGUUUGUUACGUGAUAAAAGUUAUUCGCUACAGCUUAAUCCUUUGAUGAAUGAAGCCAAAACGCUAUAAAGCUAGCUGGAAUCAAAUGGGUUUUGUCGGUCAUGAUACUAUCCAGGAGAUCGAUUAGAUUUGGUUGACAGAAAAACGAGGUGUUAAUAACUUUGUAAUAGACCAAACUUCCUCUCUGACAACUGACGGAAAGAAUCUCGUGACCACGGGAUUUUCUUUCGGAUAUGAAACGUCUAGAUGUCACAUUUUGGUCUUCACUCUUCAACUACCUAAGGAAAUGCGUUAACACAUCCAUCAUGUUACACAAAACAAAAUUUUUCCCGUAUUUGACAGUGCCUAAUUCUGGAUUCGGAUCAUCAGGGAUCUGGUGCGAUGGAGUUAAGUAAGCUACAUAAUCAACUUCUGGUACCUUGUACACUAACAACUCAUAUGAGUAGAAUUAGUAUUUGAUACAGACAACAUCGGCCGAGAGGUAAUAGCGUUUUUUCGAAUAUACAAUCAGAUAAGCCCAAAUUGUUAAGCUAUGAGAAGUUAGGCUUAAACAGACGGAGUAUGCCUCCUGAGGGUUACGAAAAUGUCAUUAUUACUUCAUCGUUUAUCGCUAGACAGUUAAUUACAAAAGAAAACUUGGGAAUGAUCAUGUUUAGAAUUCCUGUUAAACUGCUUAUUUCGUAAUACUGUUUUCACAAGGUAAUCGUUUGUUUGCGUUUCACCUCACUAGUUUCAAACUGGAAUAUAUGACAGACCCUUCUUUCCCAAAGCAGUGCCUGCAGUGACGCUUUAUAAUGUCCAGUUGGUAGUUGACUACCCUCGACCUCGCUUCUGCAUUUUUAGCAAAGCAUUCAAGCGCUUCCCGUCAGGAAAAUACCCCUUAAGAGAUGUUGCAACUUACGACAAUAGUCCUUUCGACCUCAACUUUACGGAGAUCAGUUUGAGUUCUGAAUAUUUUUUGCUGCGAACUGGUAUAAGCUAAAGAAUUAUUUAAAUUAAGUAUUUUAGAGAUGCUUCCUGGAUUGGAACUUUUUUAUGAUAAGAAUUUAUGGCAACGUCAAGGAUCAAACCCGGCCUCCAGACUUCAGACAACAUAUUGCAUCUUGACUUUUAAGUUCUAGUUGAGUGGCCGACAUUUUUAACUUCAUUUAAUUUGUGAAAUAAUGCAUCAGUUGUCAGUACGAAACUGUUUAAUCCCCAAAACAGUUAACCUCCACCGGUCAUAACUUUGCACACGAAUACAUAUAAACACAUUGUUCUAAUUGUACUGGAAUACGUUCCUAGAAACUCAAUUUACUUUGAGUUCAUUGUAUAUAAUUCUCUUCCAUUUAUUACUGAGUCGGUCAUGUGUUUUUGUCAUUUAAAAGGGUUGUGAAUAAACAUCAAGACCUAAGGCCUAAACACAGGGAAAUCUUUGUUAUCAAAGUAGCAGUACAAGAUCUGUUUGGUAAGUAAUAUCAUCGUAACGACUAAUUGUAUAAGUAGAUAUUCACAAAGUCAAACGACCGUAAUUUACUUGUUUAGCUAUCUAAUAAUAAAUCAUAGGAAGUACUGUUUCCAAACUACCAUUCAGUUAUUGUUAAAGAACAAUACCUUUUUUCAAUAUCAAGGUUUGCGUUUCUUACAGUACACAGUACUGAUUCGUAUUUCUUUCCAAGUCGUAUUGCUAUUAACAGAGUAAGAGUAUAUGAUUCACAGACCACCAAAAACUACUCGCUCUUUCAAAAAGUUUAUCUGAACUCCUUAUUUAGUUAAAUAGAGGGAAAGGAUCUGAUCCAAAACCAAGGCAGCAAAUGAGUUGUUAAGCAUUUGAGCUUAAUGAAAAUAUAAGCAGAUCUACAGACUUACUUUCUUACCUUUCCGUGUUAACUCGCUUACCAGUAUACUAAAUUUACGACAAUAAGUUUUAACAUUGUUCUCAUUUUUAUGCUUUACAUACAUUAGGCAAAAGAGGCUCCAAUACGCAACUAUUACUUUUAAGAUUCCAGUAGGCUUUUGGUUUGGUUGGUAUGUAUGGAAGAUCUACGGUGCCCAAUUUUAUGGUCAUUCUUAUUUUUGACAAAGUAACCAAAUCCAUGAUGUGCUGACUAGAAUUUGUCUUCAAAAGCAAGUACCAAUAAAAUUAGAUCGGUGGUUAGAUUAGUCGGAUUUUGCGUCUAAGCUACUCAUUUGGUUAAGGAAUCUAGCUAACCUCACUAGCCUGAAGCCACACAUGAGCAUGCACUUAAUUGCGUUAAGUGUUCCAAUAAUAUCUGUCGUAACUAAUGAUUUAAUCUACUAUUUAAGUAUUGAGCUAUAGAAAGUCCAAAACGCUGGCAGAGCAGUUUACGCCAUUGACUGCUUCCAAUGUUUUUUUAUAGGUAACACUAUGUAAAGGCCUUUACUAUUACACACAAAUGGUGAGUAAUCAAUGAGAAAAGAAUAGCAUGUCAGCCAUCUGGAAAAUGUAUCUAAUUUUACAAGAAAUUAAUUACAAAACAAGAAACUUUAAUUACACGUAAUAUACACUGUACAAUGAAGCAAAGUUCCUAGAAAUUUACUGGACGGAAAUGAGUUCGGGGGGCAUAUGUCCUGAGUUUCCUAACCAUCUCAACGUAACGCGCCCAUCAGGCCGGACGACAAGCCACGUUAUACUGCCGUGAUCAAGGGAAAACCUUAUCCAAGCUUCAGGUGGAAACUGUAGAGCUCUACAAACAAAAUAGCGAAUAACAUUUGCAUGGCACACAAACACUUCAUAUGUGUCGGCUUCUUGUUUCACAUCUGCACGGUGUAUAUGUCUUUGGAAUGCAAGUUCAAUGCGGGAGCCAUCUUCUUCUAUGUCUUUUGGUGUGGGUUGGUAAUAUACGAGGGGUGGUUCCAGAACGUAAGGAGCACCCUCGCGUAAUGCGUCUGAUGGUUCUGCCUGAACAUCGGGAAGGUGAUUUAACACCAACUCAGCUGAUUCGACAGCACGCGUCAUCGUGGAGUAGUAUAAUUUCCUAUAUGGGAAAUUGAGUUCUCGUAAACGCAUUCCAGUACAUUCCAGUUGCUGGCGUCCAAGCCCUGUCAGGUGACAGUCAGAAUCUUCUUUCGCAUAAUGAUAUUGGCCAUGGCGAAUAAAUAGAAGGUGUCGUGUACACUUUGGUUUUGGUAUCACUAUUUCAUUCUGUAAAGAGGCAUCCGUCCUAAUAUUAGGGGGAUUUCUUCCGUCCCAGUCCCAGUUCCAUGGCUUUAUACUGAUAUUUUCACUACAGAUAGCACGAGCACUUAGUAUUGAUGGAAAUCUUUUAUUGAUGCUGGCUGCUAAACUUUUCAACUGGCCAAAAAAUGGUAGAGCCUGAUCACCUUUACUCCAAUCGGCGGACCAUGCUGCUUUAGCCCCGAAUAACGCUGUGCCAGUGACGCAACAGCCGAGACGUACUACACGACUGAAUGACAUAUAAGAGUGCAAUCUAUUACGAUGUUGCUAAAUCCCUACCAUACUGUAACGACGCACGCCAUUUUGAUUUGUGGACACAAUAUUAUUCAAAGUACCUUCAACUUUGAUGUGAACAAACAGUUUCAGUAGUACUUAUGUUAGACAAAAAUAAAGAUUACGGAAUACACUUAAGAGAACUUGAUGCUUUUUUUGCUCACAUCAUUCGUUACAGAAAUACACAACUAAAAAUUAACUUCCAACAACUUGUAAAGUCUAGUCUGACAAGAUUACAUAAGAAUGGUUUCAGAUAAAAUGUCGCACCUACAGUUCGGC